AGCUCAUACUCGAAUCUCUGCAAUGCUCGUGGUUCAGCUGAGUCGAAUUCAGAGUGUCUCAGCUGAGCAACAAUCAACCUUUGUAUUGCACGAGAGGCUAUCUCAGGAGAUAUUGACGCGAUAUGUGGUCCCGCGGGGGGCAAGCGUGGUGCACUUGGUGGUUUGGGUUGAAGAGUGUAUAAAGGAGGAAAGGGUGCGACUGGUGUAUUUUGCGGAUAUUGCGAUGGGUAAUGUGUGGAAGGAUAAGCAGGAUAUGGUGUUUGGUAUGUGCCAUAAGGUGGAUAAGCUGGGAACGUAGACAUGGUGGUUCAAAUGAAACCGAGGCACGAGCACCUGAAAGUGAGCUUGUAAGCGUAACUGAUAUGGACUCUUCACUGUUUACUCCCACAAGCUUACAAGCCUUAGAAAAGCAAGUGCACGGGCGCAGCGUUCUAUCUAGAUAUAAUCCAGAUGGUUGCAGACUCGGAGACCAAUGGAAAGCCUGAGAGACCAACAGCACCAUUCCAAACUGAGUCAUUUCGUCUGACCAGGCCAACAAUCGUAGGCCCAGAUACCCCAGAGCCCCCCUUUCCUGUACGAGCAUCCGGUCCAGUCCAGCGGGGCUUUGGUCGAGGAGGAAAGGAUUUGGGCUGUCCAACUGCUAAUCUUCCUGACGAAUCUCUACCACAAUUGCAGGAUAUAACGACGACAGGUGUCUACUAUGGCUUUGCCCAAGUCUCGCCUCCCAAGGAUCAAGAAUCAGCAUUUAGUGCCGAAGAUGCUCAUGUGUUACCUAUGGCCAUGAGCAUAGGAUGGAAUCCAUUCUAUAAGAAUGAACGUUUGACUGCAGAAGUUCACCUCAUGCAUGAAUUCAAAUCCGACUUUUAUGGCUAUAAUAUGAAGGUUAUUGUGCUCGGUUACAUUCGCCCACAGCUAGAUUAUACUUCACGAGAAGCUCUCAUAGAAGACAUUGAGACAGACAAACAAGUUGCUCUUCGAUGUUUGGCUAGGCCAGAAUACGAGAAGUUCGCAUCCGACACCUACUUUGACCUGUGAUUUAUUGAUAGAUAUAGAAGGAUAGAGCGGAUUGACACAGAUAGACUAUAUAUUGUAGAGGUCACAUGCAAUGCAGAAGAACUCUGUCCUCAGCGUAUGGGUGUUUAGCUUGUCCAGGAGCUAGUAGUAUUACACGCGAAUGUAUGCGUAGAUCUAUGAUGUAAGUAUGCAAAUUGCUCGAGCACCACACCUAAAUAUCUUGCUCGACCCCUCAGGACUAUAAGGGCGCGACUAUGCAAAAGGCGGAAAUGCAGAAGUGAGUGCUGAGAAUAACGCCGACGUCCAGCUACAGGCGUCUCGUCUUUUUGGACCUUGUGCCUCCAAUUUUAAUUGGUGUUCUGUCUUCGACCUCAACAACCAGAGGUCGAACUGCCUCUCCCUCGCUUGCCAUCAGCGCUUUAUACAAGGCUUCCCGUCCUUGACCGAAACCUUUGAAUCGAAGUCCAACCGUAAGUGGUGUCGAUUUCGCCUCUUCUACAAUCUUUGCAAAUGCUCGAACAGCACACUGAUAUCCUGCUUCAUACCCCGCACGAUUGGCCUUCUUGAAUCCACAUGACCCUCCCGACCACCACUUCAGCGUGCCGCCAUCUGGUCUCGUGAAAGUGACAAUGGUAUUGUUGCGCGAAGAAUGGACAUAGAGGUAGUAAGUAGGAUUUAUUGCUUGUGUAAGCGCUUUUGCUUUCUUUUCGCUUUCUCUGAAUGGAUUGGGGAAGCUUCCGGGAGGAGGUGAAGGUGGCAUAUCAGCAAUACCCAUUGCCUCGAGUAGGUCGAUAUCCUCUGCGAUUGAGUAAGCUCUAGCGGGAUGCUUGAAAUAUAGCAUGGGACUGCGUAUUGAGGUCCUCAUCGCACUCGACAGCGGGGAGCGCAUGCUUUUGAGCGGGAGCAUCGUCCAAGACAUCGUCGAGCACUCUUGCGGUUUUCGAACGCGAGCGUUUGCUAUACGGACGGCCGU